AUGACACCGAAACACAAAUUCCGCGUGGUUGUUGUCGAUUCCACGAUUCAAUUCAAGCGAGAUUGGCAAACAUCUCGCCCCUUAUAUGCACUGUCCAUUCUCCAACCCUCCUCCCACGUAUACAACAUGACCCAAGUGUGCAACUGGCUGGCGCUGGAAGAGGUUCUCUACAAACGCAGUUUCAUAGAUCGAUUUGACAUUAUCGGAGAUGCAGCCCACAGUAUAAUCAAUCAAACACAGCAAAGAACCCCAAGCAGCCCAAAUCUAAUUAACAGACAAACUAGAUGGCGCCCAAUUCGGGACAUGGCGGAAGCGUAG